UGCUUAGCAUUUGAUUCAGAACCCUUUUUGUCGUUUUUCACGCUGCAACGACCCGACUCCGAUGUGUUCCGUUAUCAACGACCAGAAGCUGUCAUUUCCGCACCUGCCACGGUAGGGAUCGGUGGACAGUAAAAGAACGAGAAGAGAGGCAAGGGCAUUGGAAGCGGGGGAGCGAAAGCGAGCGAGAGACCGAGAGAGAGAUCCAGAGACAACCAGCGAUAGACAUAUACAGGCUUAAAGUAAUUAGAUUCCAUGGACGAAAUGCUGCUGUUAACACGAAUUGUGCUAGUAGGUUUCGUCUGCUUGUCCUUCGUGUCCUCUGGGUUGGCUUGUGGACCAGGCAGGGGCUACGGAAGGAGAAGACACCCGAAGAAACUGACACCUUUAGCUUACAAGCAGUUCAUUCCCAACGUUGCAGAGAAGACCCUUGGGGCCAGUGGCAGAUAUGAAGGCAAGAUCACUAGGAACUCUGAGAGAUUUAAGGAGCUGACUCCCAAUUACAAUCCUGACAUUAUCUUUAAGGAUGAAGAAAACACUGGCGCUGACAGGCUUAUGACACAGAGAUGCAAGGACAAGCUGAAUUCGUUGGCCAUCUCAGUCAUGAACCAGUGGCCUGGAGUUAAACUAAGGGUGACAGAGGGCUGGGACGAAGAUGGACACCAUUUCGAAGAGUCUUUACACUAUGAGGGAAGGGCCGUGGACAUCACUACCUCUGACAGAGACAAAAGCAAAUACGGCACACUGUCCAGGCUUGCGGUGGAGGCUGGAUUCGACUGGGUCUAUUAUGAAUCUAAAGCCCAUAUCCAUUGUUCAGUCAAAGCAGAAAACUCGGUUGCUGCUAAAUCUGGGGGCUGCUUCCCAGGCUCAGCUUCAGUGACUCUCAAAGAUGGAAGUAGGAAGCUGGUCAAAGAUCUUAGAAUUGGCGACAUGGUGAUGGCCGCGGACAGUGAGGGGAAGCUCGUGUAUAGUGAGUUCAUUAUGUUCGUGGACCAAGACGUAGAAACAAGAAGAGUGUUCUAUGUCAUAGAGACGAAAGAACCAUCCAGAAAAAUAACCCUGACCGCUGCUCAUCUCCUCUUUGUUGUGAACAACACAACGGAUCGUUUCGACACCAUGACCGCGACGUUUGCCAGCAACGUCAAACCCGGACAGAAGGUGUUCAUUGUAGAUGACGUGCACAACCAACUGAAGGCAGUCACCGUGGAAAGGAUUUACAUGGAAGAAUACGAAGGCUCAUUUGCUCCGGUCACCGCUCAAGGAACCAUUGUUGUUGACCAGGUACUUGCAUCCUGCUACGCGGUAAUAGAAGACCACAAGUUGGCGCACUGGGCCUUCGCACCUGUCAGGCUGAGCCACGGACUGACGUCAUUAUUAUUUCCGAAAGACUAUUCAAUGUCGAACGGCACGUUUCAGGAAAACGGUGUCCACUGGUACUCGAAGAUUCUAUAUCAAAUAGGAACGUGGGUUCUGGACAGCGACUCUCUUCAUCCACUGGGGAUGUCAAUAAACUCAAGUUGAAACAUGAAACAUCUAACAGCAAAGCAAAAUAAGACUAAUGUAGGAUAAGAAAUGAAAGUAGCGAUAAAGAGACAGAGGCCCCGGAGGAGAUGGGAUAUUUAUUUCAUUGACAUUUACAUGUGUCCUUUUCAAAGAAUAAAUGGACCUGCAAGAGCCUUAAAACUUUUCUUUGAAUAAUUUAUUCUCAUGUGAACUCUCGCUGGUACCACGCGAAUGGAUUCGAAUACUGUGUGACCAGUCAAUUGUGCAGAAUCUAUUUUUGUAUUAUAUCACAAGUAAACCGCAAAGAAAAAAGAGAAAUGUAAAAAGAGAAAACCUCUUGACAGUUCGUAAUGUUCUGUGCAUAUGUGCAACUGACUGUUAUAUUUUGGGGGAUAAACAUACUUCUUGGGGGUCCAUAAAUUAUAUUUUUAUACACAGAAUUGUAAAUUAGAUUUUGACAGAUCGUUACUUACUGAAUCACAUUU